CAUUAUCCCCCUAUUUCCUGCCACUUUUCCCCUCUCAUAUUUCUCUCCUCCCCUUUUUCUCAGACCCUGCACUGCUAUGAUGGUGUAGCCCAGCACGCCAUCAAUGAGCCGAGUCCAACCUCGGUAAGGACCCAGAUGUCCCAGACGGGACACCUGAUCUAUUUGAGGGAGGAGAGGAGGAUGACCCCACCAUGUCCUUGCCCGACCUCGAUGACCGUCUCCCACCAGUCCCUCCACUCCACCGCCCACUCAACCCAUCCCAGGUACCUGUCGUCACACCCCCUGAUGACACUGCACCACCAGCUGCCAGUCAGGACCCAGGGGAUGAUGAGUACAUAGGACCUGAUGGGGUUAGUGGAUACCAGCACGUGGUCCUCCUGGCCACUAGUCAGCCACUGCCACCUCCACCCAGUCUGUCUUCCACCUCCCUCCCUAUAACGCCAGUCUUCCAAGACCUGCCUUUGACCUCCACUCCUCUUCCCCCUCCUGCUGGUGGACCCAAGGUUUCCAGGACCACCGAAUGGAGGAGGAGGAAGAAGCUGGAGUCUGGCAUUAAAGUCAGAGCGCACAAGCCAUACGAAGGCUAUAAGUGCUCUAAAUGUGGCAAGCCUAAAACUUCUGAGUUUGGACACAGUAUGUAUGGUUCUGUGAGAUUCUGUGCCGCUACCUCUGGUGGCCAAACUGUGGAGGAGUGACUGGCACUCAUGAGGACCCAGCAUGGUGCUAGCCAAGGCCAGUAAAAUCUGACUCGUGUGUACAUUGUAAAGUUGUUUUUGUACGUAUGUUCUUUGUAAAAAAAAAUGUACGACAUUCAUUGUUAAUCUCUUGUACAUUUAGUUAUUUUAAAAUCAUCUUAACUUGUACAGUAGGAUGGGUUGUUUCACACAUGACAUUCCCUGUGAAAUAAAUAAUUUAAUGCAA